UAACGGAAGAGGAAGACGUCACGAGAAACGACGCGAUCAUAAAAGAGACUCAAAAAAAAUUUAAAAUCGUGGAAGAUAUAAAAAAUUAAAGAUAUUCUGAGAUGCUUGGAUUGUCGGUGCCAGUGCAGCUCACAAAUAUGCGAAACAGCGCAGAAGCGGUGGCGUCCAUUGCACGUGAAAAGGGAUCCCAAAGGGGCCAAGGACAAAAGCAACAGGUGGACAAAGACCUUUCCACCAUUAUGGAUGAUCUGCAAACGGAUUACGGGGAUUACAAGUACACGGUCUACCGAUGUGCCAGUAAAUUUGUGGCCCUGCAAAAGAUAUUUCACACCGGAAAAAUCCCCUACAAGUUGGUUUUAGCUAUUUUGGAUCGGCAUAACUUGAGUGGCGGCCUGGAGCUGAUGGUUCCUCCAUUUCAAUUGACCUCCCUGCUACACGAUGUGUACUUUGCAUCCGAAAAGCUGGGCCACUUUAACAAGAAUGCGGACUAUCAACUGGACAGAGUCACUGCUCUACUGGCCAACUUCUUCUGGAAUGUUUACGAUCCGCAACGCAGACAUUCCAUAUCCCUGCUUGAGAUCAAGAUCACAUUUAUUCUGCUCUGCAAGCUGUAUAGCAGUGACCAUUUGGUUGGCGAUUUUUUCGGCCUGCUGGCGGAUCCCAAGACUCAGAUCAUCUCCAGAUAUGCCUUCGAACAGCUCCUGGCCACGUUAAGUAAGUUGCUAAGCUAUUUAGGCGAGGCCAAAGCCUAUGGCGCCCACAAUCUGCCCCUGGCAAUGGAGCAGAGCUUUGCUCGCUGUCCACACGGCGUUGGUGGACUUGCUGAACCACAGUUCCACAAACUCUGGACAGGAGCAGGUGUGCAGACAAGGUUCCUAAUCUAUGGCAAUCUCUUGGCAUUGGUGAAACGCAUCGAGGACACAGAGCACUUAAUACACAGCAAUUCCUGUGCCGGCUGUCGCAAAGAGCAUAUUGUGGGCAUACGUUUCCGUUGUCAGGUGUGCCGGGAUGUAUCACUGUGCCUGCCCUGCUUUGCGGUGGGUUUUGCAGGUGGCCGCCACGAGCCGGGGCAUCGGAUGUGCGAGGUGUUCGUAGAAGAUCAGCCACCAUUACGUUGGACUCGCCAUCUGGCCAAGUUGUGUGGUUGGCUGGUGAUCCCCAGGAAGACGCAGGAGGAGGAGCGUCGCGGCUUCUGCAAUGCCCAGGAAAGUGGUCAUGCCUUGGGUCAAACUGCAGUUACGCCUAUUCCUGCGGAGACGCGCAGUGUGCUUAGUCAGUGCCAGGAAAAAGACAAGGACCGCACUGUGAUCCUCCAGCAACAGCAGGAACUGUGCUCCUUGACGGGGCUAGCCAGCAAGGCAUCCAAUAGGCUACAGUCCAUUAUCGAUCGCUUGUUGCUGCAGAAUGCAAAACUGGAAACCCAGCUCCAAACAGUGGCAACAGCAUCUACAUCGGAAAUCUCGCAGUUUCUCAGCGCCCAUCAAAGUUUUCUACUGCAGAUCAUUGAGGAUAUGCGGCAACUUUCGCACUCAUCUGUGACAGCUUCACCACCUCAGCCAGCUGUUCAAGUGGCUCCUUUAGCUGCUCCUUUGGUCAGUUCAACAUUCCUUAGCUCCAGCACGCCCCAGAGGCAAAUUUUCGACAUGUAUGCACCCGUGGGAGCCAACCUCACACACUCCAUUAAUGGCGCUGACCUAAAUCGCAGCUAUUUGGAGGCCAACAAAUCGGAUUAUUCUCUCAACGAUAUCAGUUUAUGGUUCGAUCAGCGUCGUUCGAGUGUACAGCCAGGUCCUGGAUCCCUGCCAGCGCCUCUACCUCUGCCAAUGCCACUGGGUGCCCUGCUGGAACAGCAGCCUGCGAACGGAGGUGAAGGGCGUGACACCGAAAUGGUGAACUUCAAACUGUUGUUGCACAAGGUUAAAGAGAUCGUCGAGGAUUCUUAUAGCGACAAUGCCGAACUGUCGGCGGCUACACAAAAUCUAGAGAACGUUCUAGACAGCAUCAUUAAGAGCGAGGAGCAGCAGCGACGCAUAAGCACGUGAGGAUCAGGAUGCUACAUCGCCCUUAUAUCGAUUCCACCCAGACCAAGUCCACUUAGCUCUAAGCUGUAAAUGUUUAAGAUAAUUCUGACAUAAUGAGAUCAUAUUUCAUGUAUAUAUAUAAUACACUUCAGAGUUGAUUAUGAAUCGGAUUCUUUAAUUUUCCGAUUUUUUAAAACGGCUUUAAAUCAUGCAUAAAUGCUUUAAGUUUUAGAUGUACAUUUUUAACAACAAUGCAAUAUUUUAAGUGUUUAUAUAAAAAGAUGAUUAUACGUAA